AUGGGUCCCAAAGUACCACAAAAGCAGCGUCUUCAAUUCAAACAAAAUCUCACGAAGGACUCCAAACUCACGAUUACCGAGCUGAUAAAAAGACUCAUUUCUCUUCACACUGAGCUUUCAGAAUUGGAUCAGGACGUGAUCGACACCAACUCACUUUCGAGUAUCCGCAAAGAACUCAUUCAGCCUAGCCUUUUAGUACAUAAAGACAAGACUGUCAAGGCCUUGGUAGCAUGCGGCCUUGCGGAUUUGUUGAGGCUAUAUGCGCCAGACGCACCAUAUACGCGACCUGAGUUAAAGGCCCCUAACCAAUCUUACUAUCUAUACCUCCUCGAGUCACUUGCGACAGUCCAGAGUAUUGUUCUGAUAUGCGAUAUUCCAAGUAGCGAGGAGCUGAUGACUGAGGUUUUCAAGCUAUUUUUCGAUGUUGUUAGCACGGAGAUGUCCAAAAAUAUUCCUCUUACGUUUGCUGAUUUGCUAGCGCAGAUCAUCAACCAGGCAGCUUCCUAUAUAUCUCCUCAAGUUUUGAAGUAUAUCCUUGCCCAAUUCGAACCGAAAAACUUCAAGGCCAACCCCGCUGCUUAUAGACUAGCAGUGGAUGUAUGCAAUGCUUGUGAGGAUAAACUUCAAAGUGCGGUGUGUCGCUACUUUACCGACCUGAUAAUUCUAGGCGCAAAAAAAGUUUCCGGUCGAGUCUAUCCCUCAGACUCGGCUGAUGAAGAUGCCCAGUCUUCAGAUGAAGAGGACAAGGAUGGAUCGACCAAGCAAAUCAAAGACACCCAUAUACUUAUCAAAAACAUACACAAAGCCUGCCCGGGAUUAUUACUCAACGUCAUACCUCAACUGCAAGUUGAACUAGAGACAGAACAAGCCGAUGUGCGCCUCCUGGCUACUGAGACCCUUGGUGAGAUGUUUGCGGCACAGCCCUCGAGUGGUACAGGCAUCACAAGCAAUAUUCACACUCUGGCCGGGUCAAGCGCGAACGGCGCGACAUCCGCCGGUAACGAUUUGGCUCGACGAUACCCCAACACCUGGAAGGUCUGGAUUUCCAAGUCCAAAGAUAUUUCACCUCAGAUUCGCAUCGCCGUCAUUCAAUCUUGCAAGUCAAUACUUUCCCAACACCCGCAUUUGAAGGACGAUAUCAAUCAAGUCCUAUUUGUCAAAUUGACUGAUCCUGACGAGAAAGUGCGGCUCGAGAGUUGCAAAUUCUUUGUUGACCUCGAGUUCAAUUUGACACUACAUUAUAUCCAAACCAAUGUUUUGCGAUGCUUGGGUAAUAGAAUUGAAGAUAAAAAACAAUCUAUUCAACAAGAGGCUCUUAAAGCCUUAGGCCGGCUCUACGAUAUAGCUGAGGACAAUGAACGGAGCCAUAUUGCUCACUUUGGCUGGAUCCCUCAGGUUGUUUUAUCAGCCAUGUUUAUAGGCGAGCAGCGAUUAUGCGUGGCCACGGAAAGGUGCAUGCUGGACAAGAUUUUACCACUCCCCAAAUCAGCACUUGACGAGACCUCUUGGGUCGACCGUCUCAUCACCGUUUCAAGGUUUCUCAAUCCCAGCGAUUUGAAAAAACUGAAAAGAUUUACACGUAUCACCCAAAGGUUGUACUUGGAUGUCUCGACUCAGGGUGGCAUCAUUGACCAUGAUGAGAAGCAAGUCAAGACACUGUUGGCUCAGAUUAUUCGACACAUCUCGACCGCCUUUCCGGAUCCAUCUAGAGCCACGGAGGAACUCCAAAAGUUUGCGAAACUCAAUGAUAAGCGAAUGUACAAAGUCAUCAAAGUACUUUCUGACCCUCUGGUAGAUCUUAAAGCCUUGGUCAAGACAUAUCAAGAGUUUAAUCGCAAACUUGAAUCCCUAUCAGCUGCAUUGGUGGAGACCAUAGGGAUAUUUCUAAGAAAAUCUGCAUAUUUGACUUUGAGUUCUGCCGUAGUGCCUACUCUGUUAUCUCGACUACAUCAACCAGCGGCCAGUGACGGAGAUGCAGAUGAAGAUAACACAGGAUUUGCUCGAUCUAGAGGGGAAACGGCUAAAAUCUUACUGGACAUGAUAUCAACCAGCUGCUCGGUGAUGCUCAAGCCCCAUAUCGACAAACUUACUAAGGCUCUUUUCGAAGUUUCGGAUGUAGAAUCUGGCCAAACCGCCCGACUGAUCGAUGCAUGCUUACUAGCGGAACAUGCUGAAUCAUAUCUUUUUCGUGAUUUUUACGAUUUAUUUGGCCUGGCGACUCAAAGGGAGCUCGUGGAUGAGCUGACACGUUACGCUCUGAGUGGGACGCCUGAGCAAGCUAAGUAUGCUGCAAUCGUGCUAGCUAAAGCACCCGACAAGACGGAUUCUUGCCGUGAAGUUAACCUCCAACUCGCCAAUACGUUGAAGGAUGCCGAGCCAGGGCGCUUGGUCGCAAAUCUAAGCGCUCUUUCUCAGAUCGCGAAGCUCACCCCAAACGUGUUCGAAGCCCAUAGUGAGACUGUUGCAACUUUCAUUCUUCAGAAACUGUUGCUGAGGUCUAGUGAAGGCGAACAAGACGGGGAUGACGAAUGGCUCGAUGACAGCGAGCUGGCAGACUUAGCAAAGGCCAGGAUUCUAGGUGUAAAGUUAUUGACAAAUCGAUGCAUUGCCUACGCCGAGACUACGGCAGCCAAAACGUCGGCCGCACCUGUUUUCAAGCUUCUCUGGCAACUAUUGGAUAAUCGUGGUCAUUUACGGACAACUACACACAGCCAGGCAGUCGCUAUGCGACUGAGGCUCAAAGCGGCGCAUUGCAUCUUGAAACUGGCCACAUGCAAAGCCUUCAGCAGUGAAAUUGACACUCAGUUCGAUCUGUUAGCCUGGGUAGCAGCGGAUCCCAGCGGUGAAGUGCGCGAAGGUUUUGUCGCCAAGUUGGCGAAAUAUCUACACACCCGUAGAUUAACCGAUCCCCGAUUCAACGUCAUCCUCUUUCUGGUGGCCCACGAUCCAGAGUCUGAUAUCAUUGAAUUGGCGCGCAGUUCGAUACUAUCGCGUAUGAAACAAGCAUCACAAAAUGUCCGCGUUGCGAUGUUUGAGGUUAUCAUUGUGCGAUUACUGCAUUUAUUGGUACAUCAUCCGGAUUUCGAAUUGUCUCUUGAGGCACUACGAUCGGUCUCAAAACACAUCGAAUUUUAUGUGGACUGCGUGGCCAACGGUGAAAACGUGUCCUUGAUGUAUUAUCUAGUUGGUCAGCUCAAGGCGGUGCAAGACGUGGACUCAAAAUUCAAUAACGAGCUGGUGAUUCGGACAAAAGCUAAAAUCCAUCAUUGGACCUUGCCAACCUAUCCCGGGAAAGCUAUCCUACCCACAGACCUCUUUCAGCCAAUAUCAUCGCCCGAGGAAGCGAAUCAGAUUGCAAAGAAAACUUACCUUGGUCAGGAGUUUACCAAAGAGUUAACAACGUCCUUAUUAUCAAGGAAAGAUCGUGUUAAUGUCUCCGGCGAUGUCAAAAAGCCAUCAAGCACUACCCAUCUUGUCAAGCCGACUGCAAAAGCGAGGGCCCCUCGAAAACGAAAGGGUGGAGCGGUCGACAGAUUGAAAUCUAACGCUCAGAAGUCUUCAAAUCAAAAGCCUCGAAGAACUGCAAGACCCACACGCAAGACUGUAGAAUUAGACGCAGAUACCGAUAUAGAUAAAGAUCCAGACGAUGGAAGCUCAGGAGCGAUGUCAGAGUCCGACAAAUACCCAUGA